AUGUCUAGGGAACACCAUAGAAUGAAUAGUGUGCUGCCGCCCUUUGUGACGGCAAUCAAAAUCAACGAAAUAGAGCAGAUCGAAACUGUUGGAAAAGGAUCGUUUGGUACAGUCAUUAAGGCGAAAUGGAGAAACAAAUACGUCGCAGUCAAGUAUAUUGAGGACAUCUCAGAGCAGCAGGCAUUUAUAACGGAAGUGAGCCAUCUUUCCCGUGUGGCACAUCCGAAUAUAAUCGAAUUGUACGGUGCCUGUACAGAGAAACCGCACGUUUGUCUAGUAAUGGAAUACGCUGACGGUGGAUCGUUGCACAAAGUUCUCCACUGCAGACCCAGACCUGUGUAUACGGCUGCACACGCAAUGAGUUGGGUGCGGCAAUGUGCCGAGGGAGUUGCAUAUCUACAUGACAUGACGCCUCGUCCGAUGAUUCAUCGGGAUCUAAAACCCCCAAAUCUUUUGCUCGUCAAUAACGGAACGGUUCUGAAGAUAUGUGAUUUUGGCACUGUGACGGACAAAGCGACACUAAUGACCAACAACAAAGGUAGCGCUGCAUGGAUGGCCCCCGAGGUAUUCGAAGGAUCCACCUACACCGAAAAAUGUGACGUUUUCAGCUGGGGUAUCAUCCUUUGGGAAGUGAUGGCACGAGAGCAACCCUUCAAGCACAUCGACUCUUCGUACGCUAUCAUGUGGCGCGUGCAUCAAGGUAGUCGACCACCGCUCAUCGAACACUGUCCAAAACCGAUCGAACAGCUCAUGAUAAGAUGUUGGGCACAAGAUCCUAUCAAUCGACCAGCGAUGAAAGAUGUUGUCAGCUUGAUGAACGAAUUGUGCAAAAUGUUUGUCGGUGAAAAUGAACCGAUCGGAAACCAAAUCCUACCAGACGACGAGGACGAUUCCUACGGAAUGGACUAUCCGAUUGAUAGCAACAUGUCUGAAAGUAUAGGAAAUUGUAGUGAUUCGAAUAACAGUCGUGGUACGAUCACAAACAAAAACACUAUACAACGAAGACUGGAUAUGCCGAGUAAUAAUCAUUCACUUACAAAUAUUUCUUCUGCAGUGCUAAAGCCUCUGCAUAUAGAAGUGAAUCCGUUCGAUCAACCUAUGGAUCUUGAAAACAACGUUUUACAUUCAGCUAACAAUCAAGGAUCAGAAGGAUUGACAGUCACGAAAUGUACCAAUGCCCCUAUGGAUACUGUGAGCAGUAUAAACAGUUCGAUUACAUUCAACAAUUCUACGACAUCGGGCAUUGGUGUUGCACAUCCGGAAUCUAGCAGAGUACCACCGAUUCCUGCAGCGAAUGAUGAUGAUGAUGAAGGCGAAGGAUUAAAUGACUCAGGAGAACGAAAUAGCUCUAAACAGAACGAAGUGGCUCUCGGAGAUACGUUGUACAGUAUUUUGGAUCCCAACCUAAGACCCCUCACACCAGUGCCAAAUAAUCCACUAUCGGAACAGAUACAUAAUGAGCACAAAAUAUUGGUCCAAAAAUAUUUUGAGUUUGAAACUCAAAUAGUUACCAGUAUGGCCCAAAGAAAACUCUUGCAAAAAAAUAUGGUUCCGGAAGAGUUGCAGUUAAAAAAUGCUUACAUUAAGCGCUUGGAAGAACGAGAAGCUCUUUUGAAAUUCAAAGCCAACCUGCAAAAGCAGCUAAACCAAAAAAAAAACCAACAGCAAAUGCGACAACAACAGGCACAUCCUCCGCCACUGAACAGGCAGGAGUCGGAUUCUGAGUGGGUGAUAAUACAACCAGCGGAUUCUAGACCAAAGACGGACUACCAUAAUUGAACACCAUUGAGUUUAAGCAUAGACUGGUAAAAAUACAACUGCAUA